AAUACUUUGAUGUUUGAUUUAACUAUUUGAAAACAUAAAUAAUAACUUAUUAUACUGGUUUUAGAUUAAUAAGACAUAAACUAAUAAAUAUUCAUAAUAAGAUUAUGCAUGCAUGUGCGGGUAAAACAUCUAGUUUAUAUAAAUUCACAAAUCACAAACAACAACUAUAAUGACAAAAAGAUUCCAGAUACCAAACCGAUUUCUGGUAGCGUUUAUACCAAGUAAUAAACACGUUUAAAGUUUGAUUAGUCGAUUACACAAGUUAAAAAGGUAACUAUACUUGCAUAGCUAACAAAAAUACCACUGAAGCAUGCAAAAGAAAAAAAAAGAAAAAAGAAAGGAGCAUUUAUUAUGUGUGGAACAAAAGUCAUACCCUAUUGAUUGUAACUGUACGAACUUCUGAUGCUUAUGAAAUCAGCUUCAAGGAAUGAAUCCAUGGUUGAUACUUGAUAUUGAUAAUAGCGUAUAAUACUGAACGUUGACGUCCCAUACUCAUGCACAACAAGCAUAGCUACCAAUGAACAAUGUGGAAACAGAUGAACAAACGCGAUAAAGUAAACAACUGAUAGAUUUAACGACUAUCUUGUGCCUCAAACCCUAUCAUCGAUGGAUUCGCGAGCUUAGGCUCAAUAAAAGUAACUAAGUAGAACACCACACCCAUAUUAGAGUGACUAUAUAUCAUAAUCAGAACACAAUAAAAUCUCCGUGAUGUCUAGUGCUACAUGGUGGAAACAUAUUCAAGGCACAUGAUAUAUGAUAUAUCAACAACAAGAAAACAUCCUUCUUAGCAUUUUAUUUUAUUUUCACCAGUUGUCAUUAAAACUACUGAUUUGGAAAAACACUACACAGCUUUUGUUUUUGAAGGUAAAAAAAAAAUCAACUGUAUAUUGUCUUUGUGAUAAUCUAUUAGCUAACCAACGUUCAAACUAUCUAUGUACACCAUACAAAUAUAAUUCUUUUUAAAUACAAGUGCAUUUGCAUAUAUUUCAUUAAAGAGAAGAAGAUUGGACGUGGUAUUAAUAUACGUACAGAGUAGUAAAGUAUGGGGGCCAGACAUAUUUGUUGCGAACUGGAAAUGAUAGAGACAAUCAGUCUCACUGGGAAGUGGGGUUUUAAACCCAUGUUAGCUAUGUUUUGUUGUUGCUCUUCCAGCUUUCACUUUCAAUUUUACAAUCAAUCUAUCUUCACACUUUAUACUAAUUUAUUAUUCAUGUCUUCAAAUAGCAACAAAACAAUCCAAAUUCGUUUAUAGUUUUAUUUCAUUUUAUAUUUUCUAUACUACACAGAAAGUUCAUAUUUGAUAUAUUAAAUACUGUAACUCUGUUGUCCACAUACAUAGAGAUGUGUUUAAACUUGUUUGUCAAAACCAAGACAACAAUCUCUCUUUGACCGACUUAAUUUACAGCUAUAUAUAUGUCAAUACUUAUAUAGUUAUAAUGCUAAUAGAAAAUAGUUAACUCAUUGCAUGGAUCGAGAGGAAAUAUACAAAUAUAUAUAAACGAGUUCAGUCUUGAACAAACAUAUCAUAGUUUAACAAAACUGAGGGGGCCGAUCCGAGGAUCACGCCUUGGUUAAAUUAAAACUAUGAGCUGAAUCUUAUUCUGCCCAUGUAAAAUAUUUUUCUAUAGGAGCAUGUGUUGCGUGGGAGGUUUCUUGAGUAUGUACAAGAUGAAUAAUAUUUGUUAUUACGAUCUAAAUUGUUGUAUCACAUUUGAUUAUUUUUGGUUGAAGAUAUCACACUUGAAUUUUGAAGUAGCAAUAUAUGAUAUGCAAACACAAAGAUAAAAUUAUUCAGUAAUAUUUGGUUUCUGAGUUAAUAAACUGAGUGAUAGUGGACAAUACUCAAGCGUGAAGACAAAGAUCCAUUGACACAUCACACAUAUAUAAUUGUUCACCUUGUUACAAAAAUUAUCAAAUAUACUAACAUUUUUUCAUUUUAUAAACCUUUAAGAAAACUAUUUUAUAUACGUAUUUUUGGUCUGCUCCAACUUGCGUUAAAACUCGGUAUAAAACAAUGUUGGACUGCUCCAACUUCCAAUCCUGCUAAGUUCAACUGAAAGUUGUGAUUCAUACACAAUGUGUUAAAUAAAGUAAAAUGAAAAAGUUCUCUUGUGUACGUUAUCUGAUUAUAUAUAUAGAAAGAGUAACUUAUUAAGAUAAAAUACAUAAUUAAUUAUACCCUAAUUGAUUCAUUAAAUUUAUGGCUGCCGUGGAAUAUUCAACAAUCAGAUUUCCCAUCAAUCUUUCUAUAAAAAGUCAUACAAGUUUUGUUUUUCAACUAUAAGAAUUUGAAAUUACGAAUGUUAUUUCAAUUUCAUCCAUUUUAUACAAUACUUAUAAUCUCAAAUGUUAUACAUUAACAAUAAAUUUGAGAUUACGAAAACUGGACAAUUUAAACAAAAAAAAUAAUUAAUUAACAAAGGAUAAUUAAGGGGAUGGGGGAAAUAAAAUGUAUUAUUAAGGAAAGUAAAAAAAAAAACAAUAAUAAAAAGGACUGUUCUCUUCUCUCUCUCUCUCUCUCUCUCUCUCACACUGCUCGUACGUUCGUCUUCUUCCUCAUUCGAGCCUCAUUCAUUCACCACUUUCGAUAUCGACAGCGACUAAAAAGGAGAGAAAGGUGAUUCUCGUGGUAGCUUCCACCUCGUCCUUCAAAAUCAAUCGCUGAGUUUCAAAUUUGGUUUUACUCUGAAGAGAGAGAGAGAGAGAGAUGGAUUCUGUUUCACGGCGGCCUUUAGAGAUUUCUCGGUGAUGCAAGGCGGAGGAGGGGUUUAUUAUUUGAGCUAAAGUUUUUAAAGGGCUCUUCUUCUUCUUCUUUUAGGUUAACCAAAGGCUGAAGGAAGUUAAAGGCGAGUGAUUAUGCAGAUGUUGAAGACAUUUCUCCCUGUGGCUCUGGAGGAAACUUUGUCUUCCUCUCAAUCCAGGGAAGGCGAUGUGAAAAUGGAAAUGGACGAUCCAGAGAAGGCAAUGGCUACGGUUGCUCAGCUCAUAGAGCAACUCCACAGCAAAGCAUCUUCUCCGCAAGACAAAGAGCUCACUACAGCUCGUCUACUUGGUAUUGCGAAAAGCAGAAAGGAGGCAAGGAGGCUGAUUGGUUCGUAUCCCCAAGCUAUGCCUUUGUUCAUUUCCAUGCUUAGAAAUGGGACGGCUUUGGCCAAAGUCAACGUCGCUUCUAUCCUUUGUGUUUUAUGCAAAGACAAGGAGUUGCGACUCAAAGUGCUUCUAGGAGGAUGCAUCCCUCCGUUACUCUCGGUUUUGAAGUCCGGAACCAUUGAUACUAGGAAAGCAGCGGCAGAGGCUAUAUAUGAGGUUUCUUCUGCUGGAGUUUCCGAUGAUCACAUUGGCAUGAAGAUAUUUAUCACAGAAGGUGUGGUGCCGACUUUGUGGGAUCAACUUAGCUUGAAAGGAAAGCAGGAUAGAGUGGUUGAAGGGUACGUUACUGGAGCUUUGAGGAAUCUUUGUGGUGUGGAUGAUGGUUAUUGGAGAGUGAUACUUGAGGGUAGUGGUGUUGACAUAGUCGUGUCUCUUUUGUCAUCUGACAAUCCUAAUUCUCAGGCAAAUGCUGCGUCUCUCCUGGCUCGUCUUGUGCUGUCCUUUUGUGAUAUUAUCCAGAAAAUAUUAAAUUCUGGGGUUGUCAAGUCUCUGGUACAGCUUUUGGAACAGAAAAAUGAUACCAAAGUCCGUGCUAGUGCAGCAGAUGCUUUGGAAGCUCUUUCAUCAAGAUCCGAUGAAGCUAAGAAAUGCGUUAAAGAUGCAGGAGGUGUUAAUGCUCUCAUUGGAGCCAUUGUUGCUCCAUCGAAAGAGUGUAUGCAGGGAGAAAAUGGACAAGCUUUACAAGAACAUGCAACUGGAGCGUUGGCGAAUGUGUUUGGUGGGAUGAGCCAUUUAAUUAUAUAUCUUGGAGAAGUAUCACAAUCCCCUCGUCUAACGGAACCAAUUGGUGAUGUAAUUGGAGCUCUUGCCUAUGCUCUAAUGAUUUUCAAACAACCAGAGAGUUCAGAGAAAAUAUUUGAUCCAAGAGUGAUAGAGAGCAUUUUGGUGAAGUUACUAAAGCCUCUUGACACAAAGUUAAUCCAAGAGCGGAUCUUGGAGGCUAUGGCGAGUUUGUACGGAAACAGCAGUCUAUCGUGUUACCUAGAUGAUGCAGAAGCUAAGAGAGUCCUAAUCGCUCUCAUAACUAUGGCUUCUGCUGACGUACGAGAGAAUCUUAUAGCUUUCUUGUCUCGCCUAUGCCAUGACAAGGUUGGAAUUUGGGAGGCAGUUGGGAAGAGAGAAGGAAUCCAAUUAUUUAUAUCGUUUCUAGGUUUGUCUAGUGAGCAACACCAAGAGUAUGCUGUUGAAAUGUUGGAAAUUCUGACGGCUCAGAUCGAUGAUAGUAAAUGGGCUGUAACCGCAGCCGGGGGGAUUCCUCCACUUGUCCAGUUGCUUGAGACUGGAUCUCAGAAGGCCAAGGAAGAUGCUUCCCGCAUCCUCUGGAAUUUGUGCUGUCACAGUGAGGAAAUCCGCGAUUGUGUUGAAAGAGCUGGUGGUAUUCCAGCAUUCCUGUGGCUACUGAAGACUGGUGGAUUGAAUUCCCAGGAAACCUCUGCAAAGACACUUUUGAAGCUUGUCCGUACAGCUGAUCCUGCUACAAUUAAUCAGUUGUUGGCUUUACUUCUGGGAGACGAUCCUGCUUCAAAGGUUCAUGUAAUACAAGUACUGGGUCAUGUGCUCUCAAAAGCUUCACAAGAAGAUAUUGUUCAUAAAGGGUGUGCAGCUAACAAAGCACUGCGGUCCCUUGUCCAGUCCCUGACAACUUCCAGGGAAGAAACAAAGGAGCAUACAGCUUCAGUUUUAGCUGAUCUAUUCAGCUCAAGACAAGAUAUAUGUGACCAUCUUGCAACUGAUGACAUCAUUAAUCCCUGGAUCAAGCUCCUUACAAGCAACUCUCAGAAUGUGGCUAAACAGGUGGCUAGGGCUUUGGACGCACUGUCCCGCCCGGUGAAGAAAAAAUCUAAUAAAAAGAAGGCUUACAUUGCAGAAGGAGAUCUUAAGGCACUCAUAAAAUUGGCGAAGGACUCUUCCAUAGAGUCUGCAGAAAAUGCAGUUUCUGCCCUGGCAAAUCUUCUGUCUGAUCCGGAUAUCGCUGCAGAAGCACUAGCUGAAGAUGUUGUUUCAGCUUUCACAAGAAUCCUGGCUGAUGGAUCUUCAGAGGGUAAGAGAAAUGCAUCCCGGGCACUUCAUCAGUUACUUAAGAACUUUCCAGUUUGUGAUGUGCUAAAGGGAAGUGCUCAGUGCCGUUUUGCUAUACUUUCACUCGUUGAUUCUCUAAAAUCAGUAGAUAUGGAUAGCCCAGACGCUUUCGACGUAUUAGAAGUAGUUGCAGUUUUGGCAAGGGCUAAGAAUGGGGUGAAUUUCUCUUACCCCCCAUUGACUGCCCUUUCUGAAGUGCCAUCAAGCCUGGAAACCCUUGUGCAAUGCCUUUCUGAAGGCCAUACUCUUGUGCAAGAUAAGGCAAUAGAAAUAUUGUCCAGGCUUUGCUGUGAUCAACAAUUUCUGAUCAGUGAACUUAUAGUUUCAAGACCCAAGUCAAUUGGGGUUUUGGCUGAUAGAAUAGUAAAUGCAUCCAGUUUAGAAGUGAGAGUUGGGGGGACAGCUCUGCUCUUAUGUGCUACGAAAGAAAAGAAGCAGCUGAUAACGGAGGCACUUGAUCAGUCUGGUUUCUCAAAACUCUUGUUACGUGCCCUAGUAGAUAUGAUAAAGGACAAUUCUAAAUGCUAUUCUAUAGAAACUGAAGUCCUGACACCUAAAGGUUUUAUGGAAAAAAAUGUUUUCCAGGAUACAGGUGGUUUUUAUUUUCCUGAUCCAGCUAAAAUCUUGGGUGGUACAGUGGCGUUGUGGCUGCUAUGCUUACUUACUUCCGUUGAUGCUAAGUCAAAGCUCAUUGUCGUGGAAGCUGGCGGACUUGAGGUGCUCUUUGCGAAGCUUGCUAGGCAUACUUCCAGUCCUCAGGCUGAAUUUGAGGACACAGAAGGCAUUUGGAUUAGCGCUCUCCUCCUUGCCAUCAUGUUCCAGGAUGACAACGUGUCCUUGUCUUCAACGACGAUGCGGAUUAUUCCAACACUUGCACUUUUGCUAAGAUCUGAUGAACUGAUAGAUCGGUAUUUCGCUGCCCACGCAAUGGCUAGUCUUGUUUGUACUAAGAACAGAGGAAUAAAUCUGACAAUUGCAAACUCAGGUGCUAUUUCUGGGAUUAUAAACCUUCUUGGCUAUGUGGAGUCAGAGAUUCUCAACUUGGUUGCUUUGGCAAAUGAAUUUUCUCUGGUGAAAGAGCCUGAUCAAGUCAUUCUUCAACACCUUUUUGAAAUUGAAGAUGUGAGGCUUGGCUCCACCGCACGCAAAUCUAUCCCGCUGCUUGUAGAUCUCUUAAGGCCAAUUCCAGAUAGGCCGGGAGCUCCUCAAUUUGCCGUCCAAACCCUGAUUCGCAUUGCUGACGGAAGUGACACAAACAAAUUACUAAUGGCUGAAGCUGGAGCUGUGGAAGCUUUAACGAAAUACCUUUCUCUAAGCCCUCAAGAUUCAAUGGAGCGCACCAUAUCUGAAUUGCUUAGAGUAUUAUUUAGCAACCACGAGCUCAGACAAAACGAAGUAGCAGUUAGUUCCUUGAAUCAGCUAAUAGCAGUACUUCGUCUGGGGUCAAGAAGUGCAAGAUACAGCGCUGCUGGAGCUCUAAAUGAACUCUUUGAUGCUGAAAACAUCAGAAAUUCUGAAAUAGCUCAGCAGGCUGCUCAACCACUGAUGGACAUGCUCGGUACUGUAUCAGAGACUGAGCAAGAGGUAGCUCUCUCGGCACUGAUUAAAUUAAGUUCAGGAAAUACUUCGAAUACAGCUCUUCUAAUAGACGUGGAAGGAAGCCUGCUGGAAAAUGUGAACAAAAUCUUAUCAUCUGCUUCUGCUUCAGAGGAGUUAAAGAUAAAUGCUGCCAAACUCUGUUCUGUUGUUUUCUUAAAUAAAAACGUCAGAGCAAGUCCAUCCGCCUCGGGAUGCAUGAAGCCCCUGAUAACACUUAUGCAGUCUGAACGAAAUGCAGCAGUUGAAGCAGCGGUUUGUGCUAUUAAGAUACUAUUGGAUGACGAGCAACAGCUAGAAAUCGCCGCAGGUCAUGACAUUCAGGAGCUUCUUGUUGGGUUGGUUUCGGGAACAAAUUACAGGAUUAUUGAGGCUAGCUUAUCAGCUCUUAUUAAGUUGGGCAAAGACAGAGUACCACGGAAGUUGGACAUGGUGGAAGCUGGAAUAAUUGAUCGAUGUCUUGAGCUACUACCUGGAGCCUCAAGUUCGUUAUGUUCCUCUGUUGCAGAGCUGUUUCGAAUUUUAACAAAUAGUGGAGUAAUCGCCAAAAGACCUGAUGUUACAAAAACUGUAGAACCUCUUUUCAUGGUCUUGCUCAGAUCAGACUUGACCUUAUGGGGGCAACAUAGCGCCUUACAAGCACUUGUAAACAUUUUGGAAAAACAGCAAAGCCUUGAAGCUUUUAGUUUUACACCCAGUGAAGCCAUCGUGCCUCUGAUUUCAUUUUUGGAGUCUUCAUCUCAAGCUAUCCAGCAGCUUGGAGCAGAACUUCUGAGCCAUUUUCUUACAAUGGAAGAUUUCCAGAAAGACAUCACGACACAGAAUGCUGUUGUUCCUCUGGUUCGGCUUGCUGGAAUUGGAAUACUGAGCCUUCAGGAAACUGCAGUAAAGGCACUGGAGAAGAUAUCUGCUAGCUGGCCUAAGUCUGUUCUUGAUGCUGGAGGUAUAUUCGAGCUAUCCAAGGUUAUUCUUCAGGAGGAUCCUCAGCCACCUCUUGAGCUGUGGGAGUCCGCUGCUUUUGUUCUCUGCAAUGUUCUGCAGUGUGAUGCAGAAUGCUUUUUCAGAGUUGAACUACCAGUUUUAGUUAAGUUGUUGUUCUCGACAAUUGAAAGCACAGUGAUGCUGGCUCUUAAAGCAUUAAUGAUUCAUGAGAAGAACGAUGCUUCAAGCACCGUACAAAUGGCUGAGCUUGGCGCAAUCAACGCAUUACUGGACCUCCUGAGAUCUCAUCAAUGCGAGGAAGAAUCGGGGAGCUUACUUGAAGUAAUAUUUAACAACCCGAAGGUAAGAGAGUUAAAGUUAUGCAAAUAUGCGAUAGCACCACUCUCUCAAUAUCUGUUAGACCCUCAGACAAGAUCAGAACCAGGUAGGCUUCUUGCUGCGCUAGCACUUGGGGACCUUUCUCAGCAUGAAGGGCUUUCUAGAUCCAGUGGCUCUGUUUCCGCUUGUCGGGCACUCAUUAGCGUGCUAGAAGAACAACCAACAGAAGAAAUGAAAGUGGUGGCCAUCUGUGCGUUGCAGAAUUUUGUGAUGAAUAGUAGAACAAAUAGGCGAGCAGUUGCAGAGGCUGGUGGCAUAUUGUUAAUUCAGGAGCUAUUGCUUUCUUCCAAUGCAGAAGUAUCUGGGCAGGCUGCAUUAAUGGUAAAAUUUUUGUUCUCCAACCACACACUCCAAGAAUAUGUCUCUAAUGAGCUUAUAAGAUCAUUAACAGCUGCACUUGAAAGAGGCUUGUGGUCUACAUCAACAAUAAAUAUCGAAGUCUUGAGAACCUUAAAUGUGAUUUUCUCCAAUUUUCCAAAGCUUCGCGCCUCAGAAGCUGCUACUUUCUGCAUCCCUCAUUUGGUCGGGGCGCUCAGAUCUGGUGUUGAAGAUGUCCAGGGAUUAGUAUUGGAUAUUCUCUACUUGCUAAGACACUCGUGGACGAAUAUGGCUAUAGAUGUUGCAAAAUCUCAAGCCAUGAUUGCAGCUGAAGCAAUUCCUGUCCUGCAGAUGUUGAUGAAAACAUGCCCUCCUGUGUUCCACGACAAGGCAGACAGCUUAUUACAUUGCUUACCAGGUUGCUUAACAGUAAACGUUAUGCGUGCCAACAACUUAAAGCAGUCCAUGGCAACCACAAACGCCUUUUGUCAAUUAACCAUAGGAAACUGCCCUCCACGCCAAACUAAGGUUGUGAGCAAUCGCACUUCUCCUGAAUGGAAAGAAAGCUUUACUUGGGCAUUUGAUGUUCCACCCAAAGGACAAAAGCUUCACAUCAUAUGCAAGAGCAAAAGCACAUUCGGGAAGACAACUCUGGGCCGUGUCACUAUCCAAAUCGACAAAGUCGUGAUAGAAGGAGUUUACAACGGAUCUCUAAGCUUGAAUCAUGACAACAGCAAAGAUGCAUCUUCCAGAUCACUCGACAUUGAGAUUGCAUGGUCCAAUAGAACAACGGAUGAUACUCUUUGAGUGAAGAAAAACAACUCCAUCUUCACAAGCACAAUGCAUUUGGUCUAAGGGAAGGAAGAAUAUAAGGCUCCCAAUGGCUGAAUUGUGGUAGUAGAAGAACGGAAGCAAAGUAUGCAGCAGAUGUAUAGCAAGCAAUACGUGUAUAUUGGGUAAUGAGUAAAACCGUGUGUGGAAAGGAACGUUGAAGAAGCAAAGAGUUCCUACGUAGCAAGAAACAGUCUCUGUAUAGUUUAUAUCUCUCUUUCUUAUUGUCUAUGUACUGACUCUUUGUUUAUGAAUCUCUUUCGCUCAGGGAUCAACUAAGCAGCACGAAGUGCUCUGAUUCCUGUAGCGAUGUUUUAAGUUAUUUCAUGAUUGGCA